GCGGCUCAUUCAUAGAGCGGAGGGCAGGCGCUGCGGAGGGACGGAGCCGGCUCUGCGCUCAUCAGGAAGAAGAAACUUCUAUCCAGCCUGUAAGAACUUGCUGCUCCUAACCCAGGAAACUCAUCAUCGGCAGCCCUGACUCACCCUCAUAGGGCGCCCGCAUUGUCUGCCUCACUUACUAUUGUGUGUACCCAGAAAAACCACAGAGCAAGCCACAAGAGAGCCACCAGAAAACCCCAACCUCACCCUCUGCGGCAAGGUGGCCACAAGAGCAGAGCAGCGCAAGGAAGCCUUCAGAGAUGUCUACUAGGACUUGACAGGAGCAAACCACUGACUUGCUUCUUGCUCUUCCCUUUGCUUUGAUGGAUUGUGAUGGGCUACUGGGGGGCUAACUAAGCCAGAGGACUCAAGUGGUCUUCUUCUUCAAGGGGGAGUCCACUUCUUCAAGGAGGUGACCUCUUCUUCAAGGGGGAGUCCACUUCUUCAAAGAGGUGUCUUGUUCUUCAAAAGGGGUACCCAAUUCUUCAAGGAAGGGACCUCUGCUUCAAGGAGGGGACCUCUUCUUCAACAAGGUUGCCUCUUCUUCAAGGAGGUGACCACUUCUUCAAGGAAGGGACCUCUUCUUCAAGGAGGGGACCUCUACUUCAAGGAAGGGACCUCUUCUUCAACAAGGUUACCUCUUCUUCAAGGAGGGGACCUCUUCUUCAACAAGGUUACCUCUUCUUCAAGGAGGGGACCUCUUCUUCAAGGAGGGGACCUCUACUUCAAGUAAGGGACCUCUUCUUCAAGGAGGGGACCUCUUCUUCAACAAGGUUACCUCUUCUUCAAGGAGGGGACCUCUACUUCAAGUAAGGGACCUCUUCUUCAAGGAGGGGACCUCUUCUUCAACAAGGUUACCUCUUCUUCAAUGAGGUGACCUCUUCUUCAAGGAAGGGACCUCUACUUCAAGCUGAGCUCAAUUGGGACUACCAUAAACCAGGUCCUAGGAUGUCCUCAAUCCUUGUCUAGACUUCCCCCCCACCCAAGUGUGACUGUUUAAGAAAAAACUUUUGGAAGAGUUUGUGAUUGCUCUGUGGACUGUUUGAUCCCCCCCAGGUUGGGGGGGGUGUAUUUUUGUGCUGGUUAUCUGGUUGCUGCUGAUCUUCUUCUUCUUCCUCUUCCCCCCACACCCCCACCUCUGUGUUAAAAGAGAGUAGAUUUUACUCACACGGGUUGUUGUAAUGCGUAUCCCCGUAGAUACCAGCACCAGCCGCCGCUUCACGCCGCCUUCCACCACCUUGAGCCCGGGGAAGAUGACCGAGCCCAUGUCGCUGAGCGCCCCGGAUGGCAACAGCGCCGCCCUGGUGAGCAAGUUGAGGAGCGCGGAUCGGAACAUGGUGGAGGUGCUGUCCGACCACCCCGGGGAGCUGGUCCGCACGGACAGCCCGAAUUUCCUCUGCUCGGUGCUGCCGACCCACUGGAGGUGCAACAAGACCCUGCCCAUCGCUUUCAAGGUGGUGGCGCUAGGGGACGUUCCAGAUGGCACACUGGUCACCGUGAUGGCGGGCAACGAUGAAAAUUACUCAGCUGAGCUUCGCAAUGCCACAGCGGCGAUGAAGAGCCAGGUCGCCCGAUUCAAUGACCUAAGAUUCGUCGGGAGGUCGGGAAGAGGUAAAAGCUUUACGCUGACCAUCACCGUCUUCACCAAUCCUCCGCAAGUGGCCACUUACCAUCGAGCCAUUAAAAUCACGGUGGACGGACCAAGAGAACCAAGAAGGCACAGGCAAAAACUGGAUGAGCAGACCAAACCCGGGAGCUUGUCGUUUUCUGAGCGGCUGAGCGAACUGGAACAAUUGCGCCGAGCGGCAGUGAGGGUCAGCCCGCACCACCCGACUCCCACCCCCAACCCACGAGCAUCUCUCAACCACUCGACGGCGUUCAACCCUCAGGCACAGAGCCAGAUACAAGAUACCAGACAAGUGCAGACAUCUCCUUCCUGGUCCUAUGACCAGUCCUACCAGUCCCUCGGAUACAUCGCCACCCCGUCCGUUCACCCAGCUACACCCAUCUCACCGGGACGAGCCAGCGGCAUGUCUUCGCUCAGCGCAGAGAUCUCCAGCCGAUUAUCAGGAGCGUCAGACCUGACGGCAUUUAGCGACCCCCGAGUCGGAAUCGAUCGCCAAUUCUCCGGCCUGCCGUCCAUUUCAGACCCCCGCAUGCACUAUCCUGGAGCCUUCACGUACGCCCCAACUCCAGUAAGUUCAGGAAUUGGUAUCGGCAUGUCAGCCAUGAACACUGCUACGAGGUACCACACCUACUUACCACCGCCCUACCCAGGAUCUUCUCAGGCUCAAGGUGGACCUUUCCAGACCAGCUCCCCUUCGUACCAUCUCUAUUACGGAACACCGGCUGGAUCAUACCAAUUCUCCAUGAUGUCGGGGGGAGACAGGUCACCUCCUCGCAUCCUUCCCCCUUGCACUAACGCUUCCACGGGGUCCGCUCUCUUAAACCCAAACCUCCCGAACCAAAACGACGUGGAAACGGAAGGAAGCCACAGCAACUCGCCAACCAACAUGGGCACCACGGCACGUCUGGAGGAAGCGGUCUGGCGGCCAUAUUAAGAAAAAAAUAGGACGUCAACUGUGUGACAUUUACAUGUGAAAUCUCUUUAGUGCCAGGAGAUACUGAAAAGUCUAUAAAACUAUGAACUGAGGAUAGACCCGAUCUCAGAAUGCUGUGAAAUCACCUGGCAAAGAAAUACAAUUAUUUAAAUACGUCUAUCUCAUUUUUUUUUAUAAUUUUUUUCGUCAGUACAGCUGAACGAUAUGACUUUGCGGAAAUGGACAGUUUUAUUGUGCAGAGUUUGGAGGGACCGUCAACUAUCUGAUCGCGACUGGUCAUCCAAAUGUAUUUUUUAAUUUUAUUUCUAUUUUUUUUUUUUUUUUUUUA